AUUGCUCUGCGUCUUUGCCCCAUUGACUCCUUGUUUUCCAAGCGAAAAUACUACAGGUCUCCCCGCAACCCAAGCCCCCGAGUUUGAUUGCAUCAAGAAACUCGUAGACUUUGGGAUGGAGAAGCCUACAAGUUCCGGCCGUGGAGAGAAGCGGAAACACGAAGGGAAGGAGCAAGCGGAAGAGGAACCGUCAUGGGUCCAAAGUAAGUGCGCUGAGGACGAUUUGCAAGAUCUGGUGAAAAAAUGUCUGCUAUAGCCGAAGGAUCUGAUCCAUUGGCGGAGUGCUUUUGGAGAGAUUUUUCCAUCUGUUGGGAAAUAAGAAAUUAUCCUUUUUACUUCUUUUGUGAGGCAUGGCCUGGCUCUUCCGACUAGUGACUUUCUCCAAGAUCUUUUGUAUUAUUAUGGAAUUCAGAUUCACCAUCUGACCCCGCAAUCAGUCUUGUACAUCGGUGUUUUGUUCACUUUUGCGAAGCUUUCCUCGGAAUUGAGCCAUAUUUCGAAUUAUUUCGGAGUUUGUACUCUUUGAAUCCUUUUCCCUCUUUGAAAGAAAUAGGAUGCAUUGGCUGUGCGGAUUUACAAUUGCGUCCAGAGAUGGUUGAUAAGUAUCUGGAGUGGCCCGAGAUUCAUGUUGAUCCAAAAUGGAAAGAGGAUUGGUUUUAUAUUGGUAAUCCUUCUCCUUCUCUGCCUGAGUUUUCUCUGAAGCCACCCAUGUACUUUCGCGAGUGGGUGCUGAUGAACAGUGCAAGUAGUGAGGAUCAAGUAGAGGAAUUAUUGGGCCUCAUAUUCUAUCUGCGUGAGAUGAAAGUAACAGCAGCAUCUGUUGUCUUCAAUUGGAAACAACGCCAAAUUCAGCCAUUGGAGAAACGAAAAAAUUUUGGUUUCCAGUAUGAGGGUACUGAAGAUAGUUCCCGGUUCUCUACAGAGCCAGAGGAGCGAGUACAAGGGUUGAGGAUAAUUCGAAGCAUAUUUCCAGAUCAACUCAAUGUUCCAUAUGUGCCCACUGUGUUUCGCUCCAGCAAUCCUCCUUCGCAGGUGGAUGUGGGGGUUUUCAAGAGUGAUCCUCCUAUCCCCAGUUCCAUUGAAGCGAAGAACUAGAAGACCUUCCAUACGCCUGUGAUCUUUGAUAUUGAUGAACCAAUAAUUGAAGAAGAUCCAAUAUCAUUAUCUGAUUCUGAGGAAGAUAGUCCAGCGGUAGCUCCAAGGCCCACUGAUGGAAGUUCCGCAGUGCCUUUCGGCAGCGG